ACGGCCAGCCCCCGCGCCUUACAGACGAUCGCAGUGCCAGUCGAAAUUCUCCCGCAUUUUUUUUUUUGCGGAUCGCGAAACACGCACGAGACAAACCGCCGCAUAAAAGGCUCAUCGGAGUGAACGAAAUGAAGUUGGCUCUGGUUUUGACAACGGUCGUCGUCGUAUGGUUAAGUUUGACGAGGGAAACUCGUGCCGUUCCUCUGACAUUGCUUAGCAGCGAACUGACUAACAGUCUCGAGGAAGAAGACGACGACUCACCUAUCGGAGAAGACGACAUGACAACGCACGGGUUAGAGAGGCUGAGUUCUGCGGCUACGUGUCUUGUGGCGGGUGUCGAAUAUACUCAUGGACAACAGAUCUAUCGAGUGGACCCCUGCGAAUUCUGCCUCUGUUUGGACGGGGAGAUGUUUUGCUGGUGGCAAGAUUGUCCUCCCACGAUGGAGGGGCCGUGCAGAGAUAGAGGACCGUUUUCGCCGUGCAUGAGUAUUCCGGUAGCUCCCCCAAUCAAACCGCAACACGAGGUGGCUCAUUCUUCAUCAACGACGCUAUCCGCAACCAAAACGACAACCCUGCAAAACAGUGGCGUUUCUAAUAUUCAGACGACGAGUGAGAUGUCUUCCGAAGUGAAUGAAUUGCCUAGCACCACCGAUUUUCUCACGGACACGUCGGUCUCCACGGGAGUAGAAUCUUUUAAUGCUAGCGUGGCGGAAGACAAAGUGAUCAGCACAACAGAGGAACCUGUCACGUGCAUUGUUAUGGGCAGGGAGUACCAAAUAGGGGAUAAAUUACCCCACGACACCGGCAACUGUUUGGAGUGCAUCUGCGGUCAGGGGGCGAAGGUGUCGUGCUCUCCGAACCAGUGCGCCCCAGCGGGAGACGAAAUGAACGACUAUCGCCCGCCAGGUCCGCGCCACCCCAUACCAGACGUAUUUUAAUAUAAUGCAGGGACG